UAGGAGGAGGAGGAAGUGGAGGAGUAUGAAGAAUAAAAAGAAAGACGUGUGUUGUUGCUGUUGCUGUAGGAGUGUGAGACUUACAGGACACAAGUUCACACAGCUGAAGGAGGUUUUACACUGAGACUCAAACCAGGUUUUCUACUUUGUUCAGGUCACAGUGUAGAGAUGCAGCCCAGCAGCAGUGGAUCUGACUCUCAGCAGCAGCAGGGGCGAUGGACCGCCCUGCUGAGCCGCUGUCAAAGCUUUCAAAACUCAGAGAUGGCUCAGGUGAUGAAGACCAAAUUUGUGCAGUAUAUGGGCAGCCAUCCUUUCCUGACCCUCACAGUGAUGGUGUUCGGGGCCAUGGCUGCUCUGCCUGUUGGACUUUUCCUCGGCUUUGCUCUUGUCACCGCGGGUAUUUCAGCAGUAGGUUUUGUUUUCUUUGAGGUGUCCCUGUUGUUUGUGGCCGGGUUGACUCUGCUGUGCAUCCUCUGCGGUCUCGCCUUCUUCUCUGUCACAGUUUCACUCAUCCUAAUGGCUUUUCAGGUAUCCAUCUCCAACGUCCUGAAGUAUUCCCCACAACUGAUCAAGCCAUUUAACGUCCAGGAGAAGGAGACGGAUUCCAAAACUCAAGACUGAAGGAAACACAGUCGCUCUCGUCCUCUUCUCUUUACUUUCUUCCUUGGAAUGUACAGGAGCCUUGAGUCUGCACCACUGAAGCUCCAGGGUUUAGGACAGAGAUGCUUGAAUGUGUGACGACUUGAUUCUGGGAUCUGCUGUUGUAAAUGGAUUUUCUAAGCACAAAGUCCACUUGAUGGUUAAUGUGACGAUUUAUUUAAUCAUUAUAUUAUCUUAAAACAGAAAGUCUUAUGAUCUUAUAUUUAUAUAUUUAUUUUAAUGGUUAUAUAACGUCAACAUGAGAGACUAUAUUUCAAAGUGCCUCAAUAGCAGAAUACAGAGUUAUUCUGAUCUAGACAUACACUACUACGACUAUUUCAAGACGGCAGCUCUUAACCAGUAUCAGGAAUAAAAGCCAAUUUAAAUGCAUAACAAAACUCUAAUGGUUUUCAGUGGAUACCUCCCCUAAGGCCAGUUUCCUGUAAUUCAACCAAGCAACACCAAAUUACACACUCAUAGUUAUCAGUGCAACUGCAUAUGCCAGAUUUGUUUUUAAGUAUUGCUUUAGAGAUUCACAAAAAUGACCUAUUGUUGAAGGGAGUUUUAAAAACACUCAUGGAUCCAACCCCAUGAUCCAGAUCCACACCAAAAUCUAUUUGCCUCAACAAAUGUGAUAAAAACAUGUUACAUUCUGUCAAGUGUCAUCUGUCAUCUGUAAAGAAGCUUUGAAUAAAAGUUCA